AUGUCCAUGCAAAACGAUAGAAGAGGCCUACGCAGACAGCCACGUGUUAUUCCGAUGCCAUUACCAGCUGAGCUGAGAGAGAUAAUCCAUGAUGAGGCCGGAGACAAGGCUAGUGUAGUGAUAGAUGUUUUGGAAGGAGUGUCUUCAACGUUGUCAUAUGAGAAUGCAUCAAGUGAGCUACUAGAUAUUCUAGCGCCAGUUGUUGAUGGAAAGGCAAAGAUGCUCGUGGAACGAAUUAUGGAGUAUUCAAGAGAAGAAUGUAAAGGUGGAAAGACGUACAUGGCAAAGAAUAGUUCUUUGUUACAUGAUGAAAGUGUAUCUGCACAAACAAGUAGUGAUAUGCAUAGAAACCAAAGAAGAAAUGCAGAAAGUGAUAGCAAGGAAGGAAGUAAAAGAAGGAAAGCCCCUGAAGGUGUAGAAGUUAUAGUAAGUAAGAUGAAUGAGGGAAGACACAGUGUAGAGGACCUGAAAGCAUAUGCAGCGAGGUAUGGAAAAGUACUUGGAUGUAGAAAGAUAGCUUCAGACAGAUUCGUUGUUGUUUUUGAGUUACUGAACUCUGCAGACGAGUUUGUCCGAUCGCCUGAGCCUGUCCUGAACGACAUUUCAAUCAAGAAGUUUUAUCAUCUUGUGGAUGCUAACACAAAGAGUGAUCUUAGAAAGCUUUUUGAAGAGCAAGAGAACAUCAUGAAAAGGAUGCCUGGGGAAUUCCAUACAACAUUGCUCAAUAGACUUAAAAAGGUGAAUAUACAGAUCAGAAGCCUUGUUAUGAAUGACAGGCCAAAGGAGGUUGUUGUUGAUCACAAGAAAGGAUUUGACCAGGAAAACAGUUUGUACUACAACUGCUUCUAA